AUGUCCACUGAACCCAGCAUACCGGAGGUAUCGCAAACCGAGCGCCAUGGCUACCUCUUCGGCCACCCAAUCGCACACUCGAUGUCGCCUUUAUUACACAAGACUGUUUACGACAACCUAGGGUUAAACUGGGCACAAUAUCCUUUGGAGUCGAGAGACAUGAGCUUGUUCCUACAACUGAUCAAACAUCCUCAUUUCUACGGAGCUUCGGUGACAAUGCCUCACAAAGUCGCGAUACUCAAACACCUUGAUGGUCUUACAGAAGAGGGACAGGAUGUAGGCGCAGUAAAUACCCUCUUCAUCCAAGAAGACGCUUCUGGAAAUCGGUUGUACAUGGGUACCAAUACCGACGUGAUAGGCAUAAGGGAUGCGUUCGCAUACAACGUAGAACCAACCAAGUUUGAGAACAGGCCAGCGUUGGUGAUCGGCGGAGGCGGUGCAGCAAGAAGCGCAGUCUACGCGUUGAGAAAAUGGAUGAAGGCCAGCGCGAUAUAUCUCGUGAGUUUUAUACUACAAAAGAUUCAAGGUUUGAAGAUGAUGCUGAUAGUAAACUCUCAGGUCAACCGGGACCCAUCAGAAGUCGAAGCUGUAAUAAGCGAAUGCACAUCCCGCGGCUAUGGCGACUCUCUCGUCCACGUUUCCACCGUCGCACAAGCACAGAGUAUAGAGGGUGUUGGUGCAAUCGUAGCCUGCGUACCAAACUUUACACCCGUCACACCAGCUGAGACUGAGGCGCGGCAAGUUCUUGAAUGCUUUUUGGCGAAACCACACAAGGGAGCGCUACUAGAGAUGUGUUACCAUCCGACCACUUGGACGGAGAUCGCAGAGGUAGGAAAGCAGAAUGACUGGCAGAUUGUGCUGGGAACGGAGGCAUUAAUAUACCAGGGACUGGAACAAGAUCGCUAUUGGACCGGAAAGGCAGUAGCUGAGUUGCCAGUUGAGAAGGUGCAAGAAGCUAUCGCCAGGAAGCUGAGCGAGGCAAGAUUGUAG